CCUGCCACGUCUGAGCCUCCGGUUCGGUCCCACUUCUCGCUUCCUCCGGAGGCUCAGGUGGAAAGAAAGAAGAGCUGCGGGGAGAGACGAGUGAAUUAAUUAACGACCCGCCAUGCUGUUCAGACUCGCCGUUUGCCUCCCGGUUUCUCUGCUUGUCCUCCUGGUGCAGAGCAGCACCACUAAAUCAUCAAAGAGCCCCGCCGCCUCAGUAAGCCCCUCUCUUCGUCCUCUUGUGAAUGACCCGAGCUGGCCUCUGGGUGUGCGCCUCUACCAGGCCCUGCGCUCUGACCCCAGCUCUGUAAACACGCUCUUCUCCCCUCUCCUCUUGGCGUCCUCGCUUGAGGCGCUGUCUGAAGGCUCGGCGGGUAAAACUGCCGAGCAGAUUCGAGAACUUCUCCAGCCUCCGUCUGGGACCAAAGAGGCGGUUGGGGAACUUCUCUCCAUGGCGUUGGAGAGCUUCGUUAAAGCUAACGGGACUAGCUUCCAGAUCCACGCAUCCUCUGGUGUGUUCACCAAGCAGGCUCCUGCCAUCAGUCAGGCUUUCGCGAAGGAGAUCCAGAGCCGGUUCAGGCUGCAGCACCGGACGAUGGGGAAGGGGGACGCCAAGGCUGACCUGAAGCAGCUGCGUGAGUGGGCUGAGGCUGCGCUCAGUGGGAAGGAAAUGGCUCCUCUGGAGGCAGAAAUCAAGGCUAAAGCUGGAGCCAUGAUCCUGACAAAUGCUCUUCACUUCAAAGGGCUGUGGCAGAGGGAGCUGAGCGAGGAGAGCACCGAUCGCCGCACCUUCUUGGGGAAGAAAUACACCAAAGUGAUUAUGAUGCACAGAGCAGGUCGGUAUCGCUUCCAUGAAGAUGUUGACAACAUGGUGCAGGUUCUGGAGGCGCCGCUGUGGGGAGGCAAGGCCAGCCUUGUGCUCCUGCUGCCCUUUCAUGUGGAAAAUCUGGCCAGGCUGGACAAGCUGCUGACCCCAGAGCUGCUGUCAAAGUGGCUGGAGAGAACCGCCGUUACCGGUGUGGCCCUUUCUCUGCCCAAGGCAAACAUCACCAGCUCACUCAGUCUGCAGAAACAGCUGUCUUCUCUGGGUUUGAGUGACGCCUGGGACCAGAAGGCAGCCGACUUCUCCGGGAUGUCCGACAAGAGCAAAGGGAAGCUUCACCUCGGUGGCGCCCUCCACUGGGCUUCCUUAGAGCUCGAUCCCGCAGCUGGUGAACAGGACGUUGAUCUAGAGGAGGAGAACAUAGAGCGACCCAAGCUGUUCUACGCCGACCAUCCGUUCAUCAUCUGUGUUAGAGAUAACACCACUGGAGCUCUGCUGCUGAUGGGCGCUUUGGACAACGUCGAGGGAGACCUCCUACAUGAUGAAUUGUAGCAUCUCUUUCUACUUCCUGUCUUUUUUCGUUUCCUCCACCGGUCCCUCUCUGAGACAGCUUGCUGGUUUCUGAGUGCAGACAUUGUCAUUCACUGUGGCACUCUUUCACAUCACACUGUCAUACGCUGACACCACCAUAGUCUUUUGGCUGACUGGCACCGACACUGCCAUAUCCGACAUUUACACUGUCACACACUCAGAGCUACACCUACACUGCAUGUAUAAAUGAUAACUCUGUACAAGACAUUACUGAAGUUGACGGAUACAGGAUAAGCCUCCAACUCAAGAGAAAAUCGAUGGCAUCUCUUUUUCUCCCAAAAUCUGCCCCCACGCAGAAACCUUCAGAGACUGAUCAAGUCAACAGACACGACAAACAAGACCACUGUAGCAAAGAGCCGCCAUGCUGACAUACAGAGGAGUGCUUAAAGAGACACAGCAUUCAAACAGAAGCCCUCUUUCUCCAAAAAACACCAGGACAGGAUCAGGAGUGACACCGCGGUUGCUCUGGGUUGCCAGAUACCAGGGACAGUGUCCUGUGAGGGUCAACAGGGGAAGAUUGAUGGUCCACCCAAGUGCUUAUUGAUGAGCCAGAUAAUGCUAAUGACCGUAAUGCGUUACAGAGUGUGUCAACAACAUGGAAAGCAUGGGCGAAACCUUUUAAUCUCUUAAAUCCAUCGCUGAUCCAUGAUGCCAUUUUAUCACUUGAAUCGAACUUGAGUGACAUUGCUUGGCCUAAAUGUGACAAAUUCAUGUUAAUUGAUUUCAAGAGGUCAAUGAGUUAUUGACGGAUGCAAUUUUUUAAAAUAAAUAACCUAAAAUCAAUAAUAAUGUGGUGAUUUUAGUAUUUUGCUUUAGGUCUUCAUGGUUGUUUCACUUUGUACUCAGAAGUGGGAAUUUCUUGUUGCAAAUUGGAAAAAAUAAAUAGAACAGCUUCUGAAAGUUGGAAGUCAGAUAUGAAAAGUCGAUCACCCCUAAAGUAGCUGCGGUGUUGUUCAGUUGUGUAGAAGUGAACACAACAGUUGGAUUAGGAAAAGGUCCAAUCGGACUCUAGAGUGGUUUGUUCCUUGAUGCAACGCAGCUAGUAUGGCUCAAAGCUAGUAAGCCUUCCUGUAGCCAGAUUUGAGUUGCAUUGUGGGAUGCCGUACAGUAAUUAUAUUCUCAAAAUGGUUUGGUGUACCACUCAGAUGCUGUGGAGAAACAUACAAAUGAAUAAAUGCAAAUGAAUGACUAAAUUCUGCGCAUUUCCAUCUAACUCAGAACACAGCAUCCACUUCCUGUAUUUCCAUUCUGCUUCCCCACCAUCUGACCAAUAAAUAGACUAAAUUUUGGUUCACUUGAAGUUUUAUUUAUGUGAAAAGAACUGGAAAAGUUACAAGAGAAUGUGGCUCUUAAAAUGGCCCAAAGGUCAACACUACGUUUGUUGGUAUGACAAUGUUGUCCUGAAAUGCUGUUAGUUACUCCAGAUGUAACAGGAUACAGACCUUUUGUCUUGUAGUUCUAAGCAACAUUUUACAGAAUCAUCAAGAUGUUUUAUUUUUGUUUCCUUUGGCAAACCUAAAACUAACCUUUGUUUUCUUUUGGCCUUGAACUUUUCCACUGUUGUGCGUUUUGCUCAGUCUCUCAUUUUAUUCUUAAACCAUGAGCACUGACUCUAUUUAAAGCCAGAAAACCUGCUGCGCUUUACUUGUCGUUCUUGAUCUUUUGUUGCCUCCUGGACGAGGUCACUUUGAUUGGCCAGCUAUUCCUGGGAAGGUUCAUGACUCUUCCAUGUUUUCUCUAUUUGUGGGUAAUGACUCUCACUGCAGAUUGAAAUGUGUUGAGUCUGCCUCAUGUUCUCAGACAGGUUCUAUUAAAGUGAUGUCUUGAUUCUGCGAGUCAGAUGUGUUGGAAUUUAACUUCACUAUCCAAAAAUAUGGAUAUUCAAACUAUUACUCAUAUUAUUAAGGCAGCUGCUUUUUCACAUAUAGGGGUGUGUUGGUUUGCAUAGACAAAAGUUGCAUUUUGUAAUUGUCUGAUCUAAAAAAGAUGUUUCUCUGAAACAUUUGAGUGUGACAGAAAAGCAAAGUAAGAAGGAAUUGAUAAGGACAAAUAUAUUUUCACAGCAGUGUUUCGAGGGAGGCGAUUAGUCUGAAAACAUGAAGCAGUUGUGAAACUGGGCUUAAGACCAGGGCAGCCACAGGGUCAUAGCAGAAUAACCAAUAAAGUAGCAAAACAGCUACCAGGAGAAUGGAACAAAGCAUCAGUAAAUACACAAAACCUACACCUAAAACCUUAACUGAUGCUAAAACUCAAUCCAGGUCUCUCUUGUUGUUGGUGUAGCUCAGAAAGUGCACUUUAAAAGGAGAAAUCCACAAAAACAUGCUCUUAGUUCUCAGCGUGAAUAUAAAUGCUCCAAAGCAGUCGGCUACCUCUGCUUUUUCACUCGAGUCAGCAAGUUCUCGCUGCGGUCAAACACAACAAACAUCUGUUUCCAUCUACUUCAGGCCAGCUCUUUCUCCUGACCCAUCUUGAGCUUUUACCAGCGGCAAGGUGAAAAUGGAGGGUCCCCCUUAGCAUCUCUAUCAACAAGCUGACCCUCAGUUGAGUCACUUCUAUGAUUUUUCUUCUAAAGGCCAAGUGCUGUGCUGUAAUUGGGAUGACUGUGCUCUGAGUGCUCUUCCUGCUGUCUCGCUCUUUCUUUCUUUUCUUUUUUUUGUUUUUUUUUUACCUCCUCAGUCAUUUGGCCUGACCAAAAGGUGAACCCAUCGCAGAGGGCAAGGAGGAAGACAGGAAGUUCACAUUCCUACUUUACAUUAUGUUUUAUUUAAAAACACAGAUUAAACAUUAAAACGUGAUUUUAUUUUUUCAUGUGAGAGGGAAACUGCAGUUGGUGCUGGUGUCAAGUCAUCACAGGAAAUUAAUAUUGAUAUUAAUUUACCACUAGGGGCUGCACAGUGGCGCAGUUGGUAGCACUGUUGCCU